UCCAAUACACCAGCGCAACAACGCAUUGAACCAACUAAAUCUCCCUAGCCUACGCUCUCUGCUCAUUUUUCAGUCAAGAACAUCGUCUAGCAUAGAUGAGCAAUUCUUCCCAACUAGCUCUAAGCUACUGAGGGUUUUAGAUUUGGGAGGAUCAUGCCUUCAUAAGUUCCCCCAACAAAUACUAGUUUUUGUCCACUUGAAGUAUCUGAGUUUGAGAAGGAGCAACGUGUGCAUCAUUCCUAGGUCAAUUGUGAAACUCCAAAAUUUGGAGACUUUGGAUCUUAAACAAACAUUUGUAUCUAAGAUGCCUGUGGAAAUAACCAAGCUCAAGAAACUACAACAUCUUUUGGUGUACAGUGAUGCACGGAAAUCACAACUUAUGUACCCUUUGGCAUUAGAAAGGGAUUUUCAGCUCCCAAUGGCAUUGGAGCACUUGACAUCAUUGCAGAACUUAUGCUGUGUAAAAGCUAGUGGUGGUCGAAGCAAGAAUACAAUGCAAGAGCUAGGAGAGUUAAGUCGACUAAGGAGGCUGGGUGUAAGGGACCUGAAGAAAGAUGAUGCAAAGGAACUAUGCCACUCCAUUGAGAAGAUGACCAACCUUCAAUCGUUAUAUGUGAAUGCGGAAAGCGAGUAUGACAUUAUGGAUUUGGAUUUUCUAUCUUCAGCUCCCCCAUUCCUUCGAGCUCUACAUAUUGGAGGAUGUCUGAAGAAGCUGCCCCAUUGGCUUCCUUUGUUGACCAAUCUGACUAAAUUGCGUUUGGCAUGGACCAAAUUGAAAUCUAGCCCACUUAUCGCUCUCCAAAAUUUGCCCAAUCUUGUGGAGCUUUAUCUAAGUAAUGCCUUUGAUGGGAAAACAUUGGUUCUUGGAGAUAAAGGGUUCCCAAAGCUCAAGAAGUUAUUCUUUGCCAAUCUGAAAAAUCUUAGAUUUGCGUUGAUGAAUGGUCAAGCAAUGCCUUGCCUUCAGAGUCUCAUCAUUGUUGGAUGCAGGCACUUGGACUGGCAAUCAUUACUAGUUGUCAUCCGUGGCCUUGCGAACCUGAAGCAUCUCCAAUUCUAUGAGAUGCCAGAAGAAUUUGCUCUUGCGUUCUAUCCGUACAGUCAUAACAGAAUAAGGAAGGGUAUUCUACAAAAGCACUAUGAGGAGGUGAUGGAACGUAACCCAAAAGUUUACUUCUUCUGGUGGAAAGAGGAUCACAGGGAGCGACAUGAUCUUAGCCUCGAUUCUUAUGAAGUCAUCAAGGUAAUAGCAAAGCUAUAAGGGAGAGUAUUAUGCAAGAGUGCUAUGAGGAGGUGAUGGGACGUACCCAAAGUUUACUUCCUUUGGUGGAAGAGGAUUAUUGGGAGUGAUAUGAUCUUAGCCCCUAUUGCUAUAAUGUCAUCAAGCCUACAGUGAUGAGCCACAAUGAGGUCCUUCCUAAAAUUUCAUAGAUCAUAGUGAUGCUAGGGCCCUGUGAGUCCCUUUGGUCCGUCACGGAUUCCUGGAGGCCUAUCAACACAAGGAAGAGAUCCUCAUAUAUUUUUAUGCUUUCUUCCAUUAUUAAUAUUUUUAUUUGGGACCUUUCAUUUCUUUUAUCUUUGAAUUUAUUGUCCUCGUGUCCCUCAGUGCUGUCUUCUUCUUCUUCUUCUUGUUAUCUCAUAUAGUGAUCAAUACAUUAGUUUUUUAUUUUC